CUCCUUUUGCGCCUUGAACAAUUUCCCUUGAUUCUUCGAAGUUUCCUGGCAGUGGCUGUGUGAGAUUGAGACCCUUGGAUCUAUAUCUCAAGAACAUACAACUCGUCUUCGCUGUAGCGGACACAUCUCAGCAUCGAAGCCUCACCCUUGGCAUUCUUAUUGAACGACGACAUCGAUUACUUGACGACUGGUAUGAGGUAGCGGAAUCGCACGAUGCACCUCUUUUCAACCUCUCCUCGCCGGAGGAGCCACCCAACAUGGUUCGGAUCGCUGGCAUGUGGUCUUCUGUACUAUUCCUCUUGGAUGACUAGCGCUGUCGCCGACAAGACGGCAGCUGACUACUUUGUCUCGUCACUGCCUGGAGCUCCCGAGCCCCUACUCAAGAUGCAUGCUGGUCAUGUCGAAAUCACACCCGAACACCACGGUAACCUCUUCUUCUGGCACUACCAGAAUCGUCACAUCGCAAACAAGCAGCGCACAGUAUUAUGGCUGAACGGAGGUCCUGGAUGUAGUUCUAUGGAUGGCGCCAUGAUGGAGGUUGGGCCUUACAGAGUCAAGCCAGACGGAAAUCUGGCCUACAACAACGGGUCCUGGGCCGAGUUCGCGAACUUGCUCUUUGUCGAUCAGCCAGUAGGAACUGGCUUCAGCUACGUCGACACGGACAGCUACGUGCACGAGCUGGAAGACGCUUCAAACCAGAUGGUGCAGUUCUUGGAAAAGUUCUACGUCCUCUUCCCAGAAUACAGCAAUGACGAUCUCUACAUCGCCGGUGAAUCAUACGCCGGCCAGUACAUUCCAUACCUCGCCGAAGCCAUUCUGAAGCGCAACGCCGAAACCAAGGGCAAGAAAUGGAGCCUUUCAGGUCUGCUCAUCGGCAACGGAUGGAUCUCGACAGUCGACCAAUCUCUCUCAUACCUCCCCUACGCAAAGAAAGCCGGUCUCAUCAAGGACGGUUCUGAAGGCGCUAAGAAGGUCGAAGCCCAGCACGCAAAAUGUAUACAAGAUCUGAGCGAUGGUGGAAAGGAUCAUGUCGAUGUGCCGUCUUGCGAGCACAUCUUGCAACAGAUCUUACAAGUCAGCAAUCAAGAGCAUGGCAAGUGUGUCAACAUGUAUGAUGUGCGCCUGGACGACACAUACCCCAGCUGUGGCAUGAACUGGCCCCCAGACCUUACUGCUGUCAAGCCUUAUCUUCGUCGCAAGGAUGUAACGGAUGCUCUCCAUAUCAACGCUGGAAAGACCAGCGGAUGGACCGAGUGUAAUGGACAAGUCGGCCAUGCCUUCAGCGCUCGCAAGGCUAAGCCCUCUAUUGAGAUUCUUCCAGCCCUGCUCGAGAAGGUUCCAAUUUUGCUCUUCUCUGGUGACAAGGAUCUGAUUUGCAACUACAUGGGCACGGAAGAACUCAUCAAUCGCAUGGAGUGGAAUGGCGGCAAGGGCUUCGAAACAUCACCUGGCGUUUGGGCACCCCGUCGUGACUGGACCUUCGAGGACGAACCUGCUGGUAUCUGGCAAGAGGCUCGCAACCUUACUUACGUUGUCUUCUACAAUGCCUCGCACAUGGUUCCAUUCGACUACCCUCGCCGCAGCAGAGAUAUGUUGGAUCGCUUUAUGAAGGUGGACAUCGACAGCGUUGGAGGCACACCCACUGAUAGUCGAAUCGACGGCGAAAAGGGACCUCUUACCAGUGUUGGAGGGCAUCCCAACAGCACCACAGCUGAGGAAGCCGAGAAGGAAGCCUUACAGCAGGCUACAUGGAAGGCAUACUACAAAUCUGGAGAGGUUGCGCUUGUUGUGGUUGUUAUUGCUGUGGCAGCUUGGGGAUACUUCAUCUGGCGCCAAAGAAGAAAUGCCGCAGGUUACCGUGGACUCUCGCACAAUCCUGACAUGGAUGGCAUGGGUCUCAACGCCGAGGGAUUUAGGAGAAAACAAAGAAGGGAUUUGGAGGCGGCGGAUUUUGACGAAGCAGAGUUGGAUGAGCUGACGAGUCCUCAUAAUCCCGAGAGGGAGAGGUUCGAUGUUGGCGAGGAUAGCGACGAUGAUGAAGACAGCAAGCACUCUUCUCAUCCUCAUCGUGGUAGAUAGAAUAGCAGUCAGCAAA